CCAGCACAGACAGGAGGCAGGGAAACCAGCAGCCUCCAGUAGGUAUGUCAGCUGAGUUAUAAAGCUUAAUAAACCAUGUGCUUAAAUAUAUCUAUAUCCCAGUGACAUUGUGGAUACGUUUUGGAAGUUUGAAGCUGGCUUGAUUUCCACCAAACAACUGAAGAUUUUCUGGUAACAAGAAAGCAUACUGAAAGAUGGGAGUGAAUGCAGAUCAGUUCCUCUACUUCUUCUGUCUGCUUUUUGUGGCUGGCUCUUGCAGUGCUGGUAGGAUCCUAGUAUUUCCUGAAGAUGGCAGCCACUGGCUAAGCAUGCAGGUGAUACUGAAGGAGCUCCACACGCGGGGCCACAGCCUGACAGUGGUGCGCUCUUCAGCGAGUUGGUACAUCCAGGACAGCUGCCCCAUUUACACCUUUGUUACUGUUAAUUACAAUCAGAUAGAAGAUGUCGGCCCAGUUUUCUUCGAGACCUUGGUGCAGCGAUCGCUGGCAUUACAAAGGAUGACGCCCAUCCUGCGCUUUUUUGAACAGCAGAAAGACGUAACCGCUGUGCUGAAGUCAUUCCACGGUGAAGCUCUUGGUUUGAUCUCCACUAUGUUGGAUGACGCAUCACUGAUGGGACGACUGCAGGAUGCUAAGUUUGACCUAAUGCUAACUGACCCUGCUUUCCCUGCUGGGGUUCUUUUGGCCCACUAUCUCCACGUACCCAUGGUGUAUAAUGUGCGCUGGCUCAAUGCAGGAGAGGCGCAUGUGGCUUUGGCUCCUUCCCCUCCGUCCCAUGUCCCCGUGUACAACUCACUGUUCAGUGACAGAAUGGGCAUCCUGCAGAGGACUGAGAAUAUCCUACGAUACCUGGUCAGCGUCUUACAGGAGCACUUUGUUAUCCUCCCCAUUUACGACAAAUUGCUCAAGCGCCACUUUCCGGCAGGGUCUGAUCUGCUCACCAUGCAGCGUUCAGCAGACAUUUGGCUGAUGCGUGUCGACUUCAUCUUUGAGUUUCCACGACCUAGCAUGCCCAACACAGUCUACAUAGGUGGCUUCCAGUGUCGGCCUGCCCAGCCCAUCCCUGCAGAGCUGGAAGAUUUUAUGCAGAGCUCUGCGGAGCAUGGGGUUGUUGUCAUGUCUCUGGGAGUCAUGGUCACUUCCCUUCCCAAAGAAAUCACAGAAGCCAUUGCUGCUGCCUUCGCUAAGCUUCCUCAGAAGAUCAUUUGGAGGUACUUGGGUGAGCGACCUUCAUCACUGGGUAAUAAUACCUUGCUACUUGAAUGGCUUCCUCAAAAUGAUCUUCUGGGUCACCCAAAGACUUGUGCAUUUGUGUCUCAUGGUGGCACCAAUGGUAUCUAUGAGGCUAUCUACCAUGGGGUCCCUGUGUUGGUUCUUCCACUUCUCUUUGACCAAUUUGACAAUGCAGUUCGACUGGAGGUUCGAGGAGCAGCUCGAGUGCUUGAGGUCGCCACGCUAACUUCAAGUGACUUUCUUGAAGCUAUCACGGAUGUCAUUAAGAAUCCCACUUACAGAAGCAGCAUACAGAAAAUGUCAGUACUUCACCGUGAUCGCCCCCUAUCUUCUCUAGAUACUGCCAUCUUCUGGAUUGAGUAUGUCUUAAGACACAAAGGAGCUCCACACCUGCGCUCAGAGGGGAACAAUCUACCAUGGUACUCUUACCACUGUCUGGAUGUACUAUUCUUUCUGUUAGUCAUUAUUUUAGCAGCACUUUGGGCCGCAGUAACUCUCUGUAGGCUGUUUUGUUGUAAGUCAGACAGGAAGCAAAAGAUAGACUGAACUAAACCUGCGCCCACUGAACGUUUACAGAUACUUGUGCAUCUACCACAACAGUUUUGGUAUGUUUCAUGAAGAAGAAUAUUUCAUAACUUGCAGAAUAGAUAUUAGAUUGUGGCCACAUACACUAUAACACUAGAAUGUUACAUGUUAUAAAAUAUUGAUUAAAAUAGAUUUAAGGGAAAUACUUCUAAUCAUUUCAUGGUAAUUAUAAGGAAAAUAUAAGAAAAUUUGGGUAACUGUUGAACUGUACAGCAAAAUUCCUGCAAACUUGUAUAUGAUCAGAUGACAUGUAUGCUUUACUAUGAUAAACAUAUUGUCACAGCACGGCCCCCUCCUCCCAGACGUCUCCCUGUGUGUGUGUGUGUGUGUGUGUGUGUGUGUGUAUGUGUGUGUGUGUGUGUGUGUCUGUGUUCAUUUGUAUGGCCACGCCUUUCCUGUGUAUCACACCUGUUCCUCGUUUUACGUCGUUACUAAGCAUGUAUUAUAGUCUUGUUUAGUCAUUGGUGCUUGUCUGUGUUUGACCCCUUGUAAGCCUGUGUGCUUAGCUGCUCUUCAUUGGGUUAUGUGUGCCAAAUAAAUGUCUCUGUUUUUCGUCUAUGCAUCCUGCCAAGCCUCCUGCGUUACAUAUAUAUUUAAAUUUACUACAGUAAUUUUGUAGAGCAGAAAUACUACUCCAUACAACAUCUACAUAGUUUGAAUUCAUGACAAGGAUAAUUUGGGUAUACUUUUAGUCUUAUAAGGGAAUUUGAGAGAGUGUUUAUGACAUUGCCAGUGAUUCUAACUCAUAUAUUGUGUUUUAAAUAAUUUGCUUCAACAGUUACCCCAACCGUAUUUUCCACAUAAUUACCAGUGUAUGGUUACUAUAAGAUGCUAGUCUUUUAAUCCAUUUAAUCCAAAAUUUUCAAAGCUAUAAUGUUUUAUAAACUUACUAGUAUACCUCAAUAAUUUAUCCAUUUAAAUUCCUGUCUUAUUUCGUAGUUAUUAGUCUGACACCAUAUUAUGAAGCAAGUAUGGUGAAUUAUUCAGUAAGUACACUCAAAUUACUAUGAAAGCUGUAGUUAUGAGUGUGAAGAAUGUAGCAUCAUAAAAUUGUGCUCAACAUUAUAUGGAUGUCCUGUUGACUGCGUCGCACGGUUCUGU